CGAUCUCCCGGCGGCCCCGCGGGGCGGAAUGGACCGAGUUACAAUCCAAAAGGAUAGUACGUUGUUGUACUGUUGAGGUUGAGUUAUAAAUACUCGGAGAUAUCCUGAGCCCUUUUUCAUUUCUGUUCUUGUCUGGUUUGGCUAUUGAUUCUCAGUCCAUGUGCUUCUUUGACCAUAUCUCUUAUACAGAACCCUACCAAACUUGCACGACCUUUAGAUCUCCCGACACAUUCUCUCCAUAAGCUCUCACAAUAGCCGGCUGUACUCUAGUCAUCCUUGUCACUUCGAUCCCGGGCCUGCCACUUUAUAAGACAAAUCUUCACCAACUUCCUAUCGACAGUUGACAGAUAGUCUCAACCUCGAUAGAUCAUUCGCCGUAAACCAACAUGCCUGGAUCUAUUAAGUCUCUUAAGCGUCGGCCUACAGCCAAGUCAGCUGCCAAGCGCAUCGGCCGAAUGUUCAAGCGUACAAACAGCGAUGACCCUGAGGCAACUUCACCUGCAGACUCGGGCUUCUCCAAGGACUCGUUUGACAGUUCUCGAGUUUCGACAUCGUCUCGAUUCUCUACAUCCUCACGAAUGACUACAAAGGAGAAUGUCGAGCAGCCUCGCCCUUCUGUAUCUCGAUACGACACUGCACCACCGAAAGAACGCGAAGUCGUACCCCCUCACCCGUUCUUUUCGUCCAGCUCGGAGCCACUUCUUGAGCAUGGCAAGCCUGUUGGGCCUGGCAUGCCAGUUCAAACUGAAGUAGUGAUUGAGCCUGGCACGUUGCCUUCACCUUUAGACAAAGAGUCCAGGGAUGAACCCAACUUGUCCCACACAAGGCUUGAACAGAAGCCUGAGCCGGUUGAGAAGUCCAAGAAUAUCGGGAAGACAGAAGAAGCACUUCAGGCGGCCUCUACACCCAAGCCAGCACCGCGUCCUUUGCCAGAGCCCCCAACAAAGAAGACUAUCCUUCCCGAACCCGAGUCGCCGAUUCUCCCAAGAACAUUUAGAGAGGAGCCUAAGGUCACCCCUCAACUAAUGCCCAAAUUCGAGGUGAAGAUGACACAGAAGCCCGAGCCAAAGGUUGAACCCAAGCCCAAAUCGGAGCCGGCCAAGGAGAUGGUAGUCCCCCCUCCAACUGUGGAAGAUGAGCCAGAGCCUAUUGUCAAGCCUAUCAAGCCGAUCAAGGAACAAAUAAAGCCCAAGCCGAAAGCUGAGGUCAAACACUCUGCCCCCAAAGUUGAUCAUCAGAAUGUGUCUAAGGCUCAGCAUAAGGAAGUUCAGCCAAAGAUGGAGCCCAAGGUCCAACCAAAGACUCAGAUUCAUAACAAGAGCACACCUAUGGAGUCUCCUCCUAUUCCUGAAGUUAUUCAAAAGCCAUCAAAGGCACCAUCUCCAGAAGUCCCAGCUACUUCAUCAGCGCCAAAUGUUCCCACGAUGCCAUCUGCUAUAGCAACAUCUUCUGCCCCAAGGCUUGCCUCUAUCCCCAACACAGCAUCGGUUCCAACAUACUCAGUCACACUCAACACAUCAACAAUAUUUGUGCCCAAGACAGCCCCAGCUCCUUACACAGCUCGAGCCCCUAUGACGGCCCCAGCUCCGAUCAUAGCAACAGCACCCAAAGUUGUCAUGUCAAUGCUUGAUUGGACUCUCCCAAAGCCUGCUCCGGUCCCUAAACGAGCCCAUUCUCCGGCAACCUCGUGGAUCGUGUCUUCUGCUUGA